AGAGGGCCCCACGCACUCCCUCGUCUGUUCCGGCUGACUAGCCGCCUCCAUCGCCGCCGUCCGACGACCCUUCAGGCCGGCGACGACCUACUCGUGGCUCCUCGCUUUCCCGAUUUGCAGCCAUCUCUGGAUCUUAAUCUGAUUCAGUCUUGCAAGACUCCAAAAGCCGACUUUAACGGCCUUGCACGGAAGAUUCUGGUGUUAGAAGGAGAGAUGACGCUUUCUCGGGCUGUGAUGCGAUCCUUGAAUAAUGGCUUAGUGCGACAAUUCCAUCGUCCCCAUUUAGCUAGACCCCUCUCAGUGAAUGCAGCGUCAGGUCAUAACAGUGAUGACAAACAACGUUCUAAUUCGUCCGAGUCUGCUGAGGAAUUUGAGCGGCGGAUAUUUGGUGGCUUUUCUGGAAAUGAUUCAAAAACUGAUUCAUUUUUCCAGAAGUUUGACAGAAUUGACAGGGCCAGAGUAGGUUCAAGACUGAAUGGUCAUAACAGUGAUGACAAACGACGUUCUGCUGAUGAAUUUGAGGGGCGGAUAUUUGGUGGCUUUUCUGGAAAUGAUUCAAAAACUGAUUCAUUUUUCCAGAAGUUUGACAGAAUUGACAGGGCCAGAUCAGGUUCAAGACUGAAUGGUGAAGAUAGCUCCCGGAUGUUUGGUCAUAACAGUGAUGACAAACAACGUUCUGCUGAUGAAUUUGAGGGGCGGAUAUUUGGUGGCUUUUCUGGAAAUGAUUCAAAAACUGAUUCAUUUUUCCAGAAGUUUGACAGAAUUGACAGGGCCAGAUCAGGUUCAAGACUGAAUGGUGAAGAUAGCUCCUGGAUGUUUGAUGGCCUAAAGGAUAAUUUUAGUACAUUAUCAGAUGGUAUGGAUGUGAGAUUGAAGGAAGAAGCCUUGUACUUUGACUACGAUUUGGAUGAAACAGAAGCAGAUGGCUAUUCAUUUAGACCCGAUGUGAAUUUUCCUCCGGGAACAACAUACGAUAUAAAGGAUCUCGAUCUUAAGAAACCAGGUGUGCGCAAGUUUGCCAAAAGACGACAAUUUGAAGUUACUACAGAGGAAGUGCUGAGAAAAGCUGAUUUCAGGAAUGUGAGAUUCCUUGCAAAUUUCAUAACUGAGGCCGGAAUAAUUAUCAAGAGGAGCUCGACUCGCAUCCGUGCCAAGGCGCAGAGGAAGGUUGCGAGGGAGAUCAAAACUGCUCGAGCUUUCGGCCUCAUGCCUUUCACGACGAUGGGAACGAAAUCCUUCGUCUUUGGAAAAACAAUGGAGAAUCUUGACGUGGAUUACGAGUACGAGGCCUUUGAGGGGAUGGGUGGUGACAUGAAUGAGUGACAGGAUGCCGAUGCCACCAGGGUUUUUGUGAGGAUUGUUCAUUUGACUUUUCGAUCUCAUCCGCGCAUGCUCCUUUGACUUCUCUUUCUUCCUGUACUGUCCAAUUUUGGGCAGGGUCAUAGCAUUGAAUCAGAGGCGA